AUGAAGCAGGAAGAGACGCCCACGAGCGCUCGCCCGGUCGUGGAGUACCCCGAAGGCACGCUCGCGACGCUGAAGAACGGCGAAACCGUUGAAUUGAAGCUCGUUGAGAAGGAACAAGUGACGUCGAACACUGUACGCCUUCGAUUUGAACUCCCGUCGCCGGAGCACAUCCUCGGACUUCCCGUCGGGCAACACGUGACGGUGACCAUCGACGGCGUGUCUCGUCCGUACACUCCGAUCACGCGCGAUGCGGACAAGGGUUUCAUGGACCUUCUCGUGAAGAUUUAUGAUCAAGGCGCGCUCACGCAAAAGCUCAACGCCGUGGCCGUGGGAUCUACCGUAGCGUUCGAAGGACCGAAUGGGUUGGUGACGUACAGCGCUCGCGGCGAAUUUUCUACGCGCAAUCCGGCGACGGGCUCUGUGGCGAAGAAAUCAUGCAAGAACAUCGCCAUGAUCGCCGGUGGUACUGGCAUCACCCCUAUGCUUCAAGUCAUUCGCCAAAUCUUCAACGAUGUCGGGGACACGACGCGGGUCAACUUGUUAUUCGCCAACGUCUCCUCGGCGGAUAUUCUCUUGAAGAAGGAGCUCGACGAGCUCGCGAGCGCGCACAAAAACUUGACGGUGCACUACGCGAUCGACAAGGAUGAACCAAACUGGAACGGCGAGGUUGGAUACGUUUCAGAGGAAAUGAUCAAGAAGUGCGACUUGCUGAAGCGAGGUGGCUUGAUGGACAAAUUGUUUUCAUCCGCCGACGACACCGCGGUCCUCGUGUGCGGCCCGCCGGCGAUGGUUGAGAAAGCCGUUGUGCCCGCGUUGGACGCACUGAAUGUCUCUACAGAUUCUCGAAUUUUCUUUUAA